AUGUCAUACGAUUUAAAUAAUAACAAAACUAAUAAUUGGAUUAGGGUAACAAAUUGGGAAAAUUCCCGAAAAAUGACGAAAAUGAUAAAUAUUAUUUAUUCAAGUAUGAACUUUCAAAAGCAAAUGAGAGCUUUAAUAGUUUUGGUACUAAUUACUAUUACUUUAGGAGAUAAACGCGGUCUUGUUUCGUUGACUAAAGAGAAUCAUGAAUCAUUUUUAAAAGACAAUAAAUUCGUCAUUGUCAAAUUCUUUUCACCAUAUUGUCCACAUUGCAGAAACUUUGCCCCUGCUUAUAAGGAAUUUUCAGUCAAAACUACAGAAGUAGAAUACGUAGUUGCGGAGUUGGACUGCUCCCAGUAUAGAGACAUUUGUGGCUUUUAUAAAAUCACCGGAUACCCAACAGUGAACUUUUAUAAAAGUGGGACGUUUGUAGCUCGUUUCGACAAGCAGAGAACAUCAGAAAACUUGAUCGAAUUUGCUAAAUCACAUGCAAUUUAA